AUGAAUACUUACGAUUCAUCUUGGGGUGUGAUUGGACCUGGUAACUGCCCAAACUGGGACAUUAUGUUCCGACUCAUAGUUCUUGGAGACGCAGAUGUCGGCAAAAGCUGUCUCGUCCGUUCUUUCGUCGAGGGAAACUACAAACCCACUGAUUCGACAGUCGGUGUCGACUUCUCUUUCAAAGUGAUCCCCCUGGUCUCCGCCCCACGCGAGUGCACGGUGAAGCUACAGAUCUGGGAUACGGCGGGAGCCGAGAGGUUCCGAGCAAUUACUCAUGCCUAUUACCGCAGCACGGCCGGUGUUGUGUUGACAUUUGACGUGACCUCCCGUCCUAGCUUUGCCGGCAUUCCAACCUGGGUCCAACAAAUUCACAUGCACACCGGAAACCCAAACGUGACCAUCGUUCUGGUUGGAACCAAGAUCGAUAUGCCUCACAGAAGAGUUGUCUCUUCAGACGAAGCUCUCACUUUAGCGCAACAAUUGAAACUACAAUACAUGGAAGUUUCAGCGAAGGAACUGAUAAAUGUUGCAGCUAAUACUUGUAGCUGGUAA